AUGCGUGUGCUAGCAUUGGGCUCGUUAUUGCUGCUGGUCCUCCAACAGCAGGUCGCUGCAGACCCAGCAGCGGGUGUUACCCCGCCAGGUUUGGUUCCGCUAAUAAACAGGGCCAAUGUUUUGCUUUCUUCGGGCAACUUUGGUGAAGCAGCCAAGAUCUACACCGAGGCUAUUGAACAAUCGCCGUCGGACUACUUGCUGUAUUACAAGCGAGCCACCGCGUACAUGUCUCUGCAGAGACAUACUGCGGCUCUGGACGAUUUUGACAAGGUCUUGUCGCUCACCGGAAACACGUUCGAUACUGCGCACUACAUGAAGGCUCGCGUCCACCUCAAGGAGGGCGACUUUGUUCAGGCGCGACAGUCUCUGGCUGCCUACGUCCGAGCGAAGAAGGGUGUGAAGGACAAGGAUGUAGAAGAGUUGGAGACCGAUAUCAAUGAAGGAGAGCGGCUGAAGAACAAGACUGAGAAGGAGAGACGGUCGCAGCUGUGGACUGCUUGCGUGGACACUGCAGGUCAGACGCUGCGGCUCGCCAGCCACGCCGCCGACGUCCGCGUGUGGCGAGCGGAAUGCGCACUUGCCUCUGGAGACGUUGAGAGCUCCGUAGCCGAUCUCUCACGACUCUCGCUCCUCCUUCAACCCUCCACAGCACUGCUAACCAAUAUCGCCCGCCUCGCCUACUUCCUCACACCACCAUCCGGUACCGCCAUGUCCACCCUCAAGCAAUGCCUACACUACGACCCCGACUCCAAACCCUGCCUGAAACUCCACCGCCUCGUCAAGGGUUUCGACAGGAGUUUCGUGCAACUCGAGAACCUGCUCGCCAAAUCGGACUGGAAAGGUAUCGUGCGGUUGCUCGUAACGCCCGGCGGAGGGAAGAACGCCAACCUCUACCAACGCUGGGAAGACGCCCUCCAAGCCAACGUUGGCAACUCUGAAGAAUUGUUCCCCCUCGUUCCUCCAACGCUCCUCCCUUCCUCAACCUCCCACAAGAAACGCAAGCCAUUCAGCCCUAUCACCCUACCUAACCCCGAGAAAUCGUCGCCGCAACGUCAGCAUAUCGUCCGGUCACUAUGUAAAGCCUACACCAAUCUCGCCGAGAUCGCCAAAUCUUCGGAAGAGUACAAGAAGCAGCGGUCGAGGUGGUGCGAGGAGCUGUUGACGCUGGAUGGAUGCGCUGAGGAUGUGGAUGGUCUCGUUGGGAAGGCGGAAGGGCUGUUGGCUGAGCAGGAGUUCGAGGAGGCGGUCCGGAUAUUCGACAAGGCGUUCGAAGCCAGUGGUCGUUCAGAUCGCAAUAUCCAAAACAAACUCCACAAAGCCCACCGACUCCUCAAACAAAGCAAACAGAAGGACUACUACAAGAUCAUCGGCGUCUCGCGCGACGCAGACGAGCGGACGAUCAAGAAGGCGUACCGCAAAGCAGCCAAGGCCGCGCACCCCGACAAGGGUGGUUCAGAAGCCAAGAUGGCCGCGCUCAACGAGGCGUACGAGGUGCUCUCCAACCCCGAGCUCCGCGCGCGCUUCGAUGCCGGCGAGGAUCCCAUGGACCCGGCCAACCAGGGACCCGGGGGCGGCCACCCAUUCGGCGGGGCUGGGCACCCGUUCGCGCAGUUCUUCCAGGGCGGAGGAGGGGGCCAGUUCUUCCAGCAGGGCGGCCCGUUCGGUCCUGGUGGUGCUGGCGGCGGUGGUGGCUACCAGUGGCAUUUCAGUCAUGGUCGGUAG